GAAAGGAAAUGGUGUGUCGUGCCUUAGUGACGCAGCUUGACAGGGAAGAAUCAAAGGCUAAAGUUGUUGUUGGGGCCGACAUGGAUAAAUUGAACCCACAGACUGGACGUUCGAGCCACGUAGACGGGAUGAUGUCACGCUAGUGACACAUGCGGUUGAUUUGAUUUGACAGUUGACGCCGUAGUUUGUGAGGGGGCCGUGGAAGCGAACGGGAAGCUAACGAUCGACAUGUCGACGGUGGCGGAGUAGCGCUCUCCGGCCUGUCCCUGCGCUUCCUCACUCGGCUCGUCUGUUCCGUGUGCCCGUUGAGCUACCCACUGAGUCCCGCUAUAAGCUAUGGCGGACUGCUCAGGAGAGAAGUCCGGUGUCAGUGGUCUUGACCCGGUUGCUGCUGGACAACCGGGUGGCGCCUCGCUGCUGUCGGCUGUUCCCAGCUCGCCACCCUCUGGACACCCAGCUACGUCUGGUGCCCAUUCCAACUCGCACCCGACCUCCCUGCUCCCCUCCGCGGCGACACAGAGUGGCCUAACUGUGAUGGUCCCCAUGGCUGCUGUCACAGCGGACUCCACCUUCACCCCAAUGUUGACGCCGAUGGUGGCCGUUCACAGCUCCACGCCGCUGCAUGGGGUCAGUGGAGGAACUGCAGUGGCCGGAGCGGGGCUCCUCACCCAAAUGCACAGUGCUUCCUGGGACCCGACCUCGAGCGCAGACUGGGAUAAAGAGAAGACCUCUCAACAGUGCAUCCUAAGAAUAAAAAGAGACAUCAUGUCCAUCUACAAAGAACCUCCACCUGGGAUGUUUGUCGUACCCGAUCCCCAAGACAUGACCAAGAUACAUGCACUUAUCACGGGACCUUUUGAUACCCCAUAUGAAGGAGGCUUCUUCCUUUUCCUAUUCCGCUGCCCACCUGACUAUCCCAUUCACCCACCCCGCGUCAAACUCAUCACCACUGGCCACAACACUGUUCGCUUCAACCCCAACUUCUACCGUAAUGGCAAAGUUUGCCUCAGCAUCCUGGGCACUUGGACCGGACCUGCAUGGAGUCCAGCCCAGAGUAUUUCCUCUGUCCUCAUCUCAAUCCAGUCGCUGAUGACGGAGAACCCUUAUCACAAUGAGCCAGGCUUUGAGCAGGAGAGACACCCUGGUGACAGCAAGAACUACAAUGAGUGCAUCAGGCAUGAGACGAUGCGGGUCGCUGUGUGUGACAUGCUGGAGGGGAAGGUUCCCUGUCCAGAUGCUCUCUGGGCUGUCAUGGAGAAGUCCUUCCUGGAAUAUUAUGAUUUCUACGAGGGAGUCUGCAAGGAGCGGCUGCACCUACAGGGACAGAAUAUGCAGGAUCCUUUUGGUGAGAAACGCGGUCGCUUUGACUAUCAAGGUCUGCUGAGUCGUCUCAGCACCACCCACAGGCGCAUACGGGAGAAAAACCUGGACGGGCACAAUGAUGAGGAUUCGGAGUCUGACACCAGCUCCUCUGGGACCGACCCAGAUAGUCAGGGCAGCUUACAGCCAUGAAUCUCAUCUGCAAGACUUGCAAGGCCACGGUCCAGGCCAGGAGCUUGUGUUGUUUUGGUUGGAUGUCACUGUAUAAACUGAGAACGGUGGACAGUCCUAGCUAUUGUGUUUGAUUGUAUAAAAACAGAGGCGGCUUAUAUCUGUAAAGAAUAAAAGGUUAGUUCCUUGAAUGCACCUUUCCUGCAUUGGAUGUCACACUUAGGCCCUGGAGUACCAUCUGAACCUACAGAAACAAAUCUCAAUAAAGCAGUUUCCCUGAAGCUAAUGUUGUACCCUUCUUUUGAAACAGCAUUGACUGCAGGUCCGACAGGCUUGCUGAGACCAUCUGGAACAGGCAGCGCUGCUUAAGAGGGACAUUUUGUAACUGCAUUUGAAUAAAUAUGAAAUGUUCUUAUGCAGAUGCUUUGUUGAUAAUGUGCCUUUUGUGUCUUUAUGUUGGGAUAAAUUUUCAAAAUCAUUAUCCUGUGUAAACAUUUUUGUGCUUCUGAUUUAAUUCCUAGCCUUCAAUGGGUUCAGGUUUUUCACACUUAAUGUACUUGUUGGCAAAAUCAGUCUUUCGUGUGUUACGGCAUACAUCUUUGUUCUAAUACACAAAUUAUUAAUUUCGUAGAGGCUACACACCAGCAUCUUUUCCUCGAAACUUGAUUAUGCCAUGUGAGUUUUCCUCUAAUAAACUGGCCAUGAUGUAAAUUCAAAA